AUGAUCCAAAAUACAAACAAUUAAUAAGUAUAGUAAGAAAACUCUUAAAAAUACUUGAGCCACAAGUUAUUGUUUUCAAUAAGUUAGAAAUAUCCUGAUCAUAGUUUUGCUCAAGCUAUAAACUAUAAUAACACUAUAAUGGCUUAUGGAUCUAAAUUUAUAUGCAAAGUAAUCUUUUUUAAAAAUGAAAAUUUUUUAAAUGUGCUUCAAGUAAAAAAGCACUAGAAUGUAAUUUCUACACUAACAUUCUUUAAAGAUAGAUCGCAAUUAAUUUCUGGCUCUUAUGAUUCAUCUAUUAUAAUUUAUCCAUUGAACUUGCUAUCUAGUUCUAAACAUUUAACAAAGUUAAAAUAACAUACACAUUUAAUAACAUGUUUAAUUGUGAGUAAAAAUUCAGAGAACUUUUUUAUUAGUGGAUCUCUUGACAAAAAUAUUAAAUUUUGGUCAUUUUCAUCUUCAUCUUGUUGGACUUGUACAUAAACAAUUAGUGAGCAUUUGGAUUAAGUGAGUGGGUUAUCCUUAAAUGAAGAUGGUAGAAAAUUGAUUUCUUGUAGUCGAGAUAAAUAAAUUUUUAUUAUGGAAAGAUCUACUGAUUAAUUUUGGUAUAUUAAACAAAAGAUAUCAGGGAAUGGAUAUCGUAUAUCUUUUAUUACAACAGAUAUUUUUUCUUUUCAGCCCUAUGAUGGAACACAUUUAUAUUUAUAUUCAUUUGAUACCAUUACAGGAUAAUACAUAAAAUCAAGAGAACUUUCUAUUUCUAAAGGUGGGUAAGGCUGUUAAUAUUUUUUCCCCUAAAUUUACAUUUCCUCCAAAUAACUCCUAAUAUCUAAAAAUGGUUAUUUUGUAAAUUUAAUAAAAUUUAAUUUCAAUUCUGAAGGUUGGGAUUGUAAAUUAGAAGAAGAAAUAGAAUAUAAUCAAUUAGGAAAUUUUGGAAAUAUUUUUGGAACAAUAAGCGAUAAUGGAGAAUAUUUUGUAACUUGGGAUUGCAAAUCUGGUCUCCUUUAGGUUAGAAAAAUAAUAUAUGAAAAUUAAAACGAAUGA